CACACACAGACACACACACACAGACAGACAGACAAACACACACACACAGAUCUUUAGUGAAAUUAACAAGAGUGAGUUUGGUUCUUUUCUGCUGCAGUGGUGUAAUUGUCAAGACAGACACACACACACACACACACACACAGAGAGAGACACCCACUCUCAGAGACUUGCCACCCAACUGCAUCCUCUCUACCUACUUCUUCCACUUGUUUUUAUUUCUUUUUGUAUUUUUUUCUGGGGCUGGUGGUUGAGGGAGGGUUUGGGUCAAUCUGUCCACCUUUGCGAUCGGAUGCUAUUUUCAAGCAGUGGUGGUGGGGGAGGAACAAAAAAGAAAAGGCUCCUUCAUCAACCUGCUGUGACUGCGUUAUGAGGAACGUCCUGCUUAAAAUUGUCUUAACCUUUGCAUCUUUAUUCUGGGUGAACGGGAUCCAACAGGAUUGUCAGGUAUUCCUGGAGAUCCAGCAAGAGCAUCUGCACUGUUUGGCCCAAUUGAACAAGUUCAACGGCACCAACCUCUCCACAGGUUGCCAUGGUACCUGGGCCAACCUUUCCUGCUGGUUGCCGGCCAAGGUUGGAGAAACCGUCACCGUUCACUGUCCAAAACUAUUCAGACACUUCAGCGACAAAAUAGGAAAUGUCAGCAAGAACUGUACCGCUAUGGGCUGGUCGGAAUCUUUCCCAGCGUACGAUAUCGCCUGUGGAUAUGAAGAAAUUAUAGUGGAUACUUUCUUCGUGCUAGCGAAGGCCAUUUAUACAUUUGGACACAGCGUUUCCUUGGUUGCCCUCACCACCGGAUCUGCUAUUCUUAUUCUCUUCAGAAAACUUCAUUGUACUCGGAACUACAUCCACCUGAAUCUCUUUUUCUCUUUCAUUUUGCGGGCAAUAUCUGUUUUCCUGAAGGAUGGUGCCCUGUUUUCAGACGACAGUUCCCUUGAAUGUGAGGAAGCAUCGAUGGUCGGCUGCAAAGCUAUACUUGUGUUCUUCCAGUACUCCAUCAUCGCUAAUUUCUAUUGGCUGCUGGUGGAAGGGCUGUACCUGCAAACACUCUUGCUGUUCUUUUUCUCAGAAAAUAAGUACUUUGCUGUCUACAUUCUGAUCGGAUGGGGUAUGCCAACCCUCUUCACAGUAGUCUGGACCCUCACAAGGGUUUAUCUGGAGGACACUGACUGCUGGGACACCAACCGUCACAUAAUUCCAUGGUGGACUAUCAGUGGGCCAAUUCUAUUGUCUAUUAUACUAAACUUUCUCCUGUUUAUUAGUAUUAUACGAAUUCUGGUACAGAAGCUAAGGUCACCAGACAUUGGAAGAAAUGACCAGUUGCAGUACAAGAGACUUACCAAAUCUACCUUGCUCCUAAUUCCGCUGUUUGGGGUUCACUACAUGGUGUUUGCCUUUUUCCCACAUAACGUCUCUACAAACUAUAAGAUCGCAUUUGAAUUAUGUUUGGGAUCUUUCCAGGGCCUGGUUGUUGCAAUUUUGUAUUGCUUUCUAAAUAGCGAGGUGCAAACUGAACUGAAAAGGAAGUGGCGGGGUGUCAUCUCGAACCGUAAACUGAACGCUGACGACAAUAUGCAUCGCACGUCAAUCACGGGCAAUGGCUCCUCAAUUCGGAACGCCUGCGCCCAGUCCAUCCAGCAGUCCGAAACCUCCGUUGUGUAAAAUGUGGCUUCGAAAAACAGCUAAUAAAAUAUUGCAUGCAUCAUGUA